AUAAUCUGACGACGAGUGUGGACGCAUGUUUGUGCACGGCUUAUGCGUCGACGUAGUCGGUCCACAAUGGCCCCCGGCACGCCCAACCCCGCCAAGAUGCUCCUGCGCAAUGAGAUUUCCUCGCGCAUCGCAGCCCUCUCCGCUGAGGAGAAGAAAAGGCAAUCCAGGGUGGUGUAUGAAAAGGUUAUCAACCACCCCUGGUACAAGUCGUCGAAACGGAUCGCGCUGUACAUGAGCACAGACCAGGAGGUGGACACCUCGCCGCUGCUGCAGCACGUUAAGGCCAAGGGGACGGCCUUCGUGCCUCAGUACGCUGGAGGCCACAUGAAGAUGCUGCGAGUGGAAGCAGGAGACGAAGCCAGCAUGGAUGUAACCAAGCACGGAAUCGCUCAGCACAAAAAGGAUGCCGCCAGGGACGACGCUUUAGAGUCAGGAGGCCUGGAUCUCAUUAUCGCUCCAGGGUUGGCAUUCAGCAGAUCAGGCAGCCGUCUUGGCCACGGCGGCGGUUACUAUGACCGGUACCUCGCCAGGGUUAGAAGCAAUCCUGAGACUGCGCCCAAGGUUGUGGCUUUGGCUUUUAACUGCCAAGUGGUAGACGAAGUACCCGUCGACGAAAACGACCAAAAGGUAGACGAAGUCAUUGCUGCUGAUUGAAAUGCUCAUAAAUCUCAUAAAAUAUACAUAAUUAUUAUUAAUUAUACUCCAUAGAAAUAAGUGUAAAGGGGCCCACAGAAUACCAGUUCGCCGGACGAUAUCAGCCUGUCAGUUAAACGCAAAAGGUGACAGUUCCGAACAACUGACAGGCUGAUAUCGUCCGGCGAACUGAUAAUCUGUGGGCCCCUUAAUAACCCAUACAAGGUGUAACAAAGAUGUAAAUCCGUAUAAGGGCCUUUGCGGUAUUGUGUUCUGAUUAGGAAAAAAAUUAAGAAAAAUACUAUUGUCAUGUAUAGGGUAACAGUUCAGUAUAGUAUGAAAAAAAAUUCCGUGAUCAUAAUAUACAGGGUGUUACUGACCAUCGGGCUUUAAAUCCAGGGCUUGAUUCUACUCGCUAAACUGAGCUACUUUUAUUAUGGCACCAACCCCGGAAUCCCGAAAAUUUUUUUUACGUUUUCUUACAUUGUAUCUGAUCAGAUGUCGACGUUUUCUAUGGAAAAGCCAAAAAAAAAUCCCUGAUUUUAGGUUUGGUCCCAUAGUAAAAGGAGCUCAGUUUAGCGAGUAAAAUCAAGCCCUGGAAUUAUAGUUCGUUUUUUUUAGCAUUAGAAAGAACUCCACAGAAGCAAGCGUGCAGUUUUUAUCAGGCUCUUUAAUUGUUAAUAAUUAUUGAAUUAUCUAAUGUAACAUGGUCAAUACAUAUAAUUUACUUCAAAUUAUUACCGCUAAAAGUGCUGGAUUUGGAACCACACGCUUACUUCUGCGAAGUUCUUUCUAAUGCUAAAAAAUACGGACUAUAAAGCCCCAUGGUCAGACACAUACUGUAUUACUGAUCAGGCUUUUCUAUAUUAUGUACUCAUAUAGGUACUAAUGAUUAUAUUUUUGUGAGAAUUUUAACUUAUUUUAACAUAUUAUGCUGGUUUCUUUUCACUUUGUCAUUAUUCCCACCAAAUGUAUAGAUGUAUCUUUAAUAUUGUUUUGACAGUUUUAGAAUCGGUGUGCAUUAUUUUUUUAAUUAGGUAUCUACCUAUUG